AUGGAGAGACAAUGUAUGAAAUUUGUUGAUAUCGAGGAAAUGGAGCUAUUUAUGUGCAGAUAUAUGGUAAAAGUUUACGAUGAUCGUCUCUACAUUAAGAAGGAUCAUAUACAAGCUUUAUCUGCUAUAAAUAAAAUUUCAAAUGUAUCGUUUGGUUCAAUUUUGCCUGAUGACUUUAUUUCCACUGUGUUUGAAUGUAUAAGACGAGAAAAGGAAUUAUAUAUAUCCGAGCAGUCAUCAUCAGUAUUGUCAGCGACAUGUGAUGGCAAUAAACGAUCAACAUUACUUGAUAGCUUUCCAUACAUCACUCUGUAUUUUACCAGUGAUGAUGCAUCCGAUACGCUUGCACCUUCAUUGAGAAGCUAUUUGAAUUUGAUUCACUGCUUGUUAUCAUUAGCGGUUUCGCUGUAUGAUCCAUGGAGCGCAACGCGAUUGCUGAGCAAGGUGUGUCCUAAAGUUUUGCCAGCUUUGCGACGUUGCGCGCAAGAAUCAAUGGGACAUCUUAAUAUUAUGUCGGUACUGAUUUCGUAUGUUAUGACAGCACCAGGUGACGAUCAUCAUAAUGUUGAUGUCGAGCUUCAUGCUAAUUUUCCGGCAUUGAAAAACUUUGUUGACACAGUGAUAGCAAUGAAUGAGACACUGCGGGAUGACAUGCAGCCAAAUGAAACAGUUAAAUCCGUACUUAAAAUGGCUGCUGAAUUUAUGGUUACCAUACCGAACUAUACCAAUCUCUCUGUUAUGAACAGAAUGAUCGUUUAUCUCAAUAAGAACAUUGAUCAGUUAUCAACUAAUUUCAUAUUGAUAAAUUCGACAAUAAUAAGCAAUGAAUAUCAGACAAAAACAUCCAAUCAAACAGGUGCAUAUGUGUUAGCCAUUUCUCUUUGUGAUCGACUUACAUGCCUCAAUGUCACCGAAGAUAUUGGAGUUGUUUCACCUUUAUUUAAAACUCCCAAUAACAAGACUGUAGUAUCAAGUCCGGUGACUCCUGUUAAUCAAAAAGUAGUUGCAGAACAAAAUGCAACACCAGAUCUACAAGAAAGUCGUAUUGCUAGUUUUAUCAACAUUGAUACACCAGUAUGUCGACCUUUGGAUAGAGUGGAAAAUUAUGGCAACAUUACUGUUUCAAUGAAAGAAAAUAUUCCUACUGCUCCGGAAAGCUUGGAAUGGAAAAAAUGCCACAGGGCAUUGAUCCCGAUAUCUAAGAAAAGAAAAUCAUGUAGGAAAUUGGAUUCAUUUGCUGAUGCGAAAGGCAAUCAACGGAAGUAUGCGAAGAAAGAUGUUAAAGGUCAGACAAAAAUUACUAAUUUUUUCAAAAAAUAUUCAUGA